AUGUUAUAUUUAGUUUUCCCCGGGAAUCCAUACUUUCCCGUUUUACCACAUAGGAGUAAAUUACAAGAGAGUGCAAUGUCGGAAGAUGGUUUGCGACCUCGGAGCACCCGUCGGAAGACUCCAAAUAAACGCUUCAUGGAUAUGGAGAUGGAUGAGCAGCCUGCUAAGAGAAGCAAGACACAGGCAACCAAAGGGCCAAAGCAGCAGAAAAAACCUCUGAGACAAGACUCAACAGACAAAACAGAAGAAUCAAAAGAACCCGAUGCUGCUCAAACCAAACAUGAAUCAAUAGUCCAUAGAAAACCACCAAGAAUUAUACGUUCAUCUGCUAAAACCACUGAGAAAAAAACAACUGAAGUAAAUAACCAGUCCCCAAAUACUAGGCCAAAAUCAAGAAAUAGUAAAUCCCCAAAAACCCUGUUAGAUGGAAGUGUUCAAUCUCAAUCAGCAUCUUUAAAUUCUGUGGAAUCAACUGAUAUAAAUGAUGCUGAACGAGAUGAAACACCAAGCAAAUCACCCAUUGAACAUGUAGAUGUUAAUACAACAGCAAGUCAAAGUGUAGAAAUUGAACCUUCAACCAUCUCUAAAAUAUCUGUUGAAAUCGUCAACAAAACACCAGACACUGCAAAGAAAAGGCUGUUUUCACCACAUAAACUAGCAGAUGGUAUUCAAGACAACACUGACAGAGAUGCAGACAUUGAUCCAAUUGAAAACAAUUCACCUACUCUGAUUGUUUUUGAAAAGUCAGAGGGAAAUGUUAGUGGUAAUGAGCUUAACAAAUUAUUGCCAAAUGAAUCUGUUACUGAUCAAGAUGACGGUGAACCUUCCAAUAAACUUGAAAAUGAUGAAACAACUGACCAUGGAGUCAAAGAUGAAAUCAACCCUCCAGCUAGACAUAUUACCAUUCGGCCCAAUGAAUCUGUAAUAGAUGAUGAAAACAACCAAUCAAAUACCACUGGGGAUGAACAUAUGUCAACUGAGCAAUCACUUACUGAAGAUAACAUGCCAACUAAUGUUAUCCUAGUGAAUCAACCGAUUGUUUGUCUCAAGGAUACAGAUACUGAUGAUUCUAAUGAAGUAGUUGAAGUCAGUAUAGGAGUCAAUGAACAUGCAAUUCAAGAUGUGCCUCAAGCCCAAGCAAAUAAUGGUAUGAGUGAUGAACUAAACAAUGUUCAAACUCGGACAAAACAUGGUGAUCAUGUCGAAGAUGGAACUGCCCUUGAUGGUGAAGUGAGGAAAAUGGUAGUUAUUGAACAUGGCUCUGAUGAAGUCAACAUUCCAUUGAAUGUGAAACCCUCGGGCCCACCAAAUGAAAGUGCGAAGGCUGCUGUGAUGGUCGGGGAGGAAAGCAGUCUCCAACAGCAAAUCCUCACUGUACUACGUUCUGCUUUAGAGGAGUCUGGUCCAACACCUCGUGAGAUUUUAAUAGAGACAAAUGACCAGAAAAUGAUAACUCAGGCAUUACAGCUUGGGAUGAGAGAUGAGAACAAUGCAGAUUUGUUACAAAAUUAUCAAAUGGCUGUCAUUGAACAUGCACCAGGAAUUGAAGGUACUGGAGCCGGGCAUGAUGGUACCACAGGGCAUGAUGGUACAACUGGUGCUGAUGAUAAUCAGAAUACAACAGAGCCUACGUUAACUGAGGAUACCUCCCAUCAUGUAGUGAUCAUGGGUAGAGAUGGUAGCACAGUUGUCAUGGACGGCCAGGACAUGCAGCUUCAGAGCACAGGAGAGGAAGUUAAUGUGAAAGUUCAACAAGUUUAUACGGGUGAAAAUGAAAUAACCGAUGAUGGCCAGAAAAGGGUAUUCAUUAAACUGACUUCAGAGGGAGUGAAAACCAACUUAGCUGUGGUAGAGAUGCCUUGUAGAGACAAACCAUUUAAGUGCAGCGUGUGUUCAUAUUCAACAGAUAAGAAGUCAAACCUCUAUAAACAUAAGAGAUGUCACAUGGAAAAGCCACAUAAAUGUCCAGAAUGUGACUACCUGGCAGGGACUAGUAGUAACUUAAAGAGGCACAUGCAGAAACAUAAUGGAGAAAAGCUCUUUAAAUGUUCACAUUGUGAACGCACAUUCAGACAGAAAAUACAUGUACAGAGGCACAUCAAGUAUAAACAUGAGGUUAAGAAAGUCCAAUGUCCCCUGUGCCCCUACAUCUGUGCUACUGCUGAAGCUGACCUGAAAUACCAUCUAAAACACAAACACGCUGAAGGCAAGACAACACAUGCAUGCACCAUCUGCGACUUCUUGGCGCCAUCUUAUAAAGAUCUUCAGCAACAUUUGAAGUUCCAUGCAAAGGGCCCAGAACUGAAAUUGUUCUGCGAGUCAUGUAGUUUUGUGACAGAUUGUGAAAGUCGUCUGAAACGUCACGUCUUGACUCACACCCGUGAAAGACCUUUCAAAUGUGGGAUGUGUGACUACAGAGGGAACCAGAAGGAACAUGUGAUUCGUCACAUGAAAACAAUCCAUAAAGUGAAAAUUGACCCGCCAUCAAACCGCAAGAAAACACAGUCAGAUAAAGAUCAGGAAUUUGAGAGCCAAGGACGUAUAAAUUAUGAGAAAUUGGACUAUUCCAAGAUGGAGAAGAUUUACGAUUGUAACUUCUGCACCAUGAAGUUUGUUAAGCUCAUUAACCUGUAUAAACACCUAGAGGUUAUGCAUAAGGAGGAACACCAGGCCACUGAUGGAUCACUUCAGAAAUGUGCCGCAUGUAACUUCCAAACAGAUUGUCGUAGGACCCUACUCUGCCACAUGCGUAGUCACGGACAGCAGACAGACCACAUGGCAUUUGGUGGAAGAAUUCGACUAUUCUCCUGCAUGUUGUGUAGUUUUGAGAGUGAUAAGCGCAAGAGUCUUCACCAGCACAUGAGGAGCAAGCACAAAAUUGCAAUUAUUUUAGAUGAGUCUUCAAAUCAACAGGUGACUAUGAAGGAUGAAGCAGUGUCAGACUCCACUAUGGUUGUAGUUGAUGGCGAGAUUGGUUCACAGUCUAUGGAGGGACCUGUCAUGUUGGACCUUCAAGUGGAAGAAGAGGAGCAUGAAGAGGAGGUCCAGUUACAUAGCUAUGAAGAUGUUAGGCAGCUAGAGGCAGCUGAAGCUAUUCAGAGCCUCCAAACGUUGCCAAACAGGCCAACAUCCACACAGUCGAACAUCAUAAUUGACAGACAACAGCUCAAUACCAUUAUGACAUCACAGAAUAACAGCCCUACACACCAGGAGUCUCAGCCAAUAACAAUGAACCAUCAUAAUGAUCAAUCAUAUGUUAUGUCUGAAAAUAUGCCCCCAGCUCAUGAGAAUACUACAGAAAUUAAAAUGGUUGACCCUGAAACGAGCGAAUCGCGUGAAGCCGUCCAACUUUCAUCAGGGGAUUAUAUUGAGAUUAAUGGUGAAAUGUACAAAGUGGAGUAUAACAAUGAUGGCCCAGUUUUAGAAUCAAAUAUAGAGGACCAUGAUGCCAGGGACCAAAAUUCCCCUAACCAGGAUAAUGGUACUCAAGGUGCAAAUGUUCUUAUGUCUGUACAAGAUGAUACUGAGAUGGCACCGGGUAAUAUGAUUCAUGUUGAACAUAUAACAGCUCCAGUUCAGCACCAGGAGGACAUAGAAUAGUAUUAAAAGUAUUCAUUUAAGGUUUUGCUAUAGUUAUAAGUGGAUGCAGGUAGAACAGAUAAAAAUGUAGAUCUUGAAUUAUUAAAAGAUAAGUGACAAUUGUUCAGACUUGAUCCAUCAAUGUAUUAUAUACCUGUAUUACUUGAAGGAAUACACUAGUUUAACAGUAUGAACGUUCUAUCAAUAUCAUAUUUAUACAGGGUGUCCCAAAAAAACUGUACCAAGAUAAACAUGGAAUAACUCUAUGAGUGAAGACCGAAUAGUUUGAAAUGUAAUCAUC